ACCGUUAAUCAACAAACCAGUUAGAAGAAGAUGAGCUUUCAUAGUUUGACCCCGGUAAAUCAUAGGAAAAAUCAAUCUUUAAAAGGAGUGACCCAGUUAACCAACUGGUUAGUCAUUCACAUUUGGAAGGUUGGUUUGAUUAGUAGCUUCAUCCUGUUGGUUGUGCUCUUUCAGCCUGUGUUUUAUAUCUUAUAGUCUGCUAGCACCCACCAAAAUUAGCCAACUGAUCAGUCCAAGUGAAAGACUAUCUGAAGAUGAAGCAAUUAAAGAUGGAAACUGAAAGUGUUGGUUCAAAAUCUAAACAGAUGAAUAUUUCUAGAGUUCCACCACCACCUCCUCUUCCAUGUUUCUGGAUUGGGAAGUCAGCUUCAGAGAGCAUAACCAAGAAGGAGAUUGCCAAGUUUUGGUGGCACAAGCGCGUCAAAGAAGAGGAACACCUCCUUGCUGCUAUCAAGGCUGCAGCUCGUAUCAGGGCCAAAAAUCUCUCUGAGGAAGACUACAGCCUAUUUGAAGAAUCCUUGAAUGAAGGAGAGGAUGACACAAAGGAGAAAGAGUUUGUAUCUGUCGAAAACAAGAAGAACAAUGAUGUUCGUGUUGGGAUAAGAGACUGGUGGACAAAGAGCAAGUAUGCUUACUUAAACCAGCCAGCCAUUGGUUCUUCCAUGGAUAAUCCCAAGGCCAAAAGACGAGCCUCUUCGUACACUCCCAAUUGUUUCUGUUACGAGCCAAUUCCUCUGUAUCCCACAUCGCUUGGUGUCUUUUAGCCAGCUGCAGAUGCUUUAUAUGAUUUGAUUGUAAUUAUGUUGCCUUGCAUUAUCUUCGCUACGUUGGUUGAAUGUCGGGAGUUUUCUUGUGUGAAAACCUUUCACUCGGUAAAUCAUAUUUCACUCUUUUCUUUCAAUAACCUAGUCUUUUAAUAUUGAAUUUAAUAUUAAAAAACUAGAUUAUGAGAAAAUAAUCAAAUUAAAACCUUGAUUACAUACUAAAUUA